GUGGAGAGGAUCGGUUUGGUCAGUACCUGGUGAUUUGGGAAAACCCCUUGUUGAAAGAAAAGAUGAAUAGAAGUACAGAGUUAGACCCAAGGAGCGUGACCUCGGAACCAGUCUCUCCGACAAACAGUGCAGGGGAGGAAACGAGGGAGGUUGCCUCUGAGCUGAGCAGCCCAAGUUUGCAUAGCAUGGACAGUGGGUUCUUUGAAAGAGGUAUUAAAACAACGUUAAGUAUCCGGAAAUCAAAGCGAAGUCUGAACAAAGAGAAAGAAAAGGAAGGUACUGGCACUUGGAAAGGAAAACGACUUUCUUUGCGAUUCACCAAGAGCUAUGAGAACAAAACUACAAUCUAUAAUGGCAUGCAGGAGGUUAGUGAGAAGACAGAAGCACAGCCCAUUCAAGGAAAACCUCUUUCAGUAAUGGAAAUCAAUGAACUUAUUCAGAAAAGGCAACUUUUGGAAGCAUUUGCAAGCAUCAAGUACUUGGAAGAUGAGACUAUCACUGAACGGGAUGCUGAGAAAUACAAAGAUAACCCCCAGGAGUUUGUACGGAAAUCCAAGGAUGUAGAUAUGCUUUAUAACUCCAUCACAAAUGUGAUCCAGGCCAUCGUGGUGGGAACACUGGAGCAUCCCACUGUAGAGGAUACCAUGCUGACCUCCCUGGUGACUUUAAUUGCCUAUGAAGAGGCAGCUCAUCCUAAUACAGGCAAUGCUGGAGGUCCUGGGUCAGACUUGCUUGGUGUGCCCAGAAAGUGGAGGGAGGCAUGGAGGGAAGCUAUCAAUGAGAGUGCUAGAAAAAGGGUCCUGAGGGUACCCAUGGCACUGAAGGAAGAAGAGAGUUCUUGGCUUAACCUUCACUUGGAUUUCCUCCAGAAACACCUGAGUGAAGACUUACUGAAAAUCAAGCUGUCAGUAAAAAAGUGUUAUCCGGAGGAGUACCAGGUGUGUGACAUGUAUGUGGAGGCUUUUCAUAAGGCCAUUGCCUCACACUUGCAAGACCUCUCCCAGAGACCACUGGAAUUCAACGAGCUCUACACCUUGCUCAACUGGGUGGCCAACACCUACUGCAGUGAACUCUUUCUGGGUAACCCUGAUCUCAAACCAGAAGUUAAGACAGAAAACCUGUCCCUGCUGUUAACACCAGCUGUUUGGGAUAAACUGAAAAAUGACUACAUCACUUCUGCAAAGGGAAAAAUAAAAAGCUAUUUUGGAAACAUCCUGAGACUGGAGGUCACGGAAAAGUGGGAGAAGGAAGUUCACCCAGAAGUGAAGGAAAACCUCUACCAGUCCUCGGUCUCCUUAGAUAUUCAAACGAUCAUCGGGGAGCACAUGAAGAUAUCUAGAGCAAUCAGCAGAAGCCUGGAAACAAAAAUGCUUGACCUGUGCCUGGCAGAGCUGCACGAAUUCAUAGCAAGGUUCGAGGAGGAGUUUAUGGCAUGGAGCACUGCUCAGGACAGCCCCAUCUUUGCACCCUAUUUUGUUGCCUACAUCAACAACUUCCAUGACCUGCUGUCGGGGUUAGAAGCAAUAUUUAAAGUCAACACUGAGGAACUGCAGAAGAUUUUGGCAGCUGUGACAAGGAACUUCACAAGUGUUUUUUUAAAUAAAUUAAGAAACAAAGUACAGCCACUCCUUAAGAAACUCCUGACCAAGGACUGGAUUUUGUCGACGGAAGGGCCGGACUCACUGGCGUCAGCAGUCUCGCAGUUCUCUGAGCACCUGCAGCACAUGAGGGAGCCCAUGGGGCAGGAGCUUCUACGUGAUAUUCAUAAGUAUGUGGUGAGGGAAUACAUCACACUGGUCAUCAAACCCAGAUGGAAAAUGAACAGGGAGACUCGGCAGCGAGUGAGCAAGAAGAUGAACCAGGAAGCCAGAAUCCUUCAUAAUAUGCUCAUUGAUCAGGGCUCUGACUCUGACUGGCUCGUUCCCGCCAUACACCACAUUGCCAAUAUCAUUGGGGAGAAGAAAAAAGACAAGAUCAAGGAGUAUGUCAAGGAGCUGUGUCAGGAUUAUCCAGAUAUCAGGAAGGAGCACGUCCUGGCGAUCCUCACGCUCCGGGGGCUGGGGCGCGCCAGGAGAGCGGCAAUUUUUCGGCAAGGCUACCAUGUGCCAGAGCGCCCCGAUGGCGCGGAGGGCAGCACACUCUUCGCUGAAAUUGAUGUCCCAGUGAUCAUCAGCUGCUUCUAAACCAGAAUCAAAACAGCACCCAGCAUCCUCCCUCCUCCUAUGCUGUCUCUACAGUAUGAUCCAAAACCUGCUCCCUGCCUCACUCCUCCGCAAGCAUAACUUUUUGACUGUUGUGGAAAAAGGAGAAGUUUUCUGAAAUUGCUACCCUGAGUUCAGAAACCAAAGGCAACAGACACACCAAGUCACUGACCUCCUGCAAGAGCUCCUGGGCAGCAACCCCAGCCCAGGUACUGCGUCUACCCUAUGUUCGAUACCGAUUUUAUUGCUAGGAGAAUGCUCUGUUGUCUGGUCCAAGGUUGAGUCUCUUUUCAGGAAACAGGAGAAAACCAAAAGGAGUUCACUCAGAGCUAUAUUAAGGUUUGGACUGUGUGUUGUAUAAUUAUAUAGCAGCAGAGCAAGAGCCUCCUUCAUAAUCAGUGUCCCUGAGCAACCGAGGGGCAGGGAUGUGGUAGCACCCAAGUCUUAUUUCCUCCUCUGUGAACCAGCUGGCUGAGCUGGCAUGACACAAGGUCAGUGACGUUGUGACCUGAUCCACAAACCACUACCUGCCUGAGGAGGAAACCCUUGGAGGGUACCCAAAUCCCACAGCUGGGAUGUGCAGCACAUGGACCACUCUGCACUCCAGGUUGGACCCCACGGCCUUUCUGGUUUUUCAGAUUUUCCUCGCUUGUGGACUGCCUUGAAAAACUCCUGUUGGACCAAAAGACCUGUUCAUGCCAUUACAGCCUUUCUGUGUGGGCAGACAUGUCUAGAUUGGAUGUGGAGGGAAGCUCCAAGUCCUCCUGCCCCAGGGGAAAGAGCCACCAUUUUCUUGUACAUUCAAAAGUAUUUUAACAAAUCUGGUACAAUCUGACUGCAGUAUGAGACCUAAUGUGAGGUGGAUAGGUGUAGUGGUACAGAUCGGAUCCUUAGUUGGUGUAAACCAGCGUGAUCACUCCAUUGAUGGGCAUGGAACACCACUGGUUUAACUCCAUGAGGGAUCCAAAGCGUUACAUCCAGCAUCUGCAAGGCAGACUAAAAGAAACCUCCCACAGCCUACAACCAUACAAAUGUGAUUUUGGUUAAUCCAAUUUAUCUUGUAGGUUGUCCUCCAUAGUUAAUCCAAGACUGUACAGAGACAUGUUUAUGAUCUAUCAAUUAAUGUGAUAAAUGCGGACAUGGCAUAACCUUGAAAACUAAUUUGUUUGUUGCAGAGCUUAGGGCAUCAGUAGUUAGCCUCUUCCAUUUUCUUUGCUCCAGUUCGCACCAGUAUAAAUUUCAGCCCAGGUGAGCAGCAGGCACUGGUGACAGACCAAGGCAGCUGUUCUGACAGAUAAGGAAUACAGAGUGCACCUUUAAUUCACGCUCAUCAUCUGGAAAUUUUUCUAAGGAAGACUUACUGCCUCCACAGUCAAGAGGAGGUGUUUUUUUUAAAGAUGGCUUUGAAAUAUAAGGUAUAAAUUGAGAGCUUGAGGCAGGAAAUCCUAGGAGGAAUUUUCUGUCCUGCAUCCUUCUUUAAUACAGCUCAAGACUAUUCCUGUGAAUCCUCGGCUUGGUGACUCUCUGUAUUUGCUAUGGAGAAGGAGAAGUAAAAUCUCAUCUGCCUCUCCUGUUAGUUAUGCAGAGCUCAGGAACACUUUUGAACUCCCUUUCCCUGUCCCGGGUACAUGGUGCAAGCAGGGAGCCCUGGAUUACACUCCCCAUGGGUGUUAGAGCUACAGCCCCCAUCCCAACAGAGGGGAAGGGUGUCAGUGCUGAGAGAUUUACAUUUUAUGUCAAAAGCAUUGGCUAAGAUGGGGAGAUAAAAAGGGGAUUUCAACUUUUGCAUCCGCAGUCUGAGACAUCUAAGACUGGAUAUUCAGAGUACAGGAUUUAAGGCACUGAAGCCUCAGCGGGAGUUUUUGUGCAUAAGAAAUUUCCCUCUGCCCUGUGUGCAUCUCUGAUCCAAACACCUCAUGCAAGGCAUCUGCGACACAGAAAUCUUCCCAAGUGCUUUAAAUGUAUACUGAGUUUUCAACCUUAUUAUUUUACUGGCAGUCUCUCCACAAAGCAGCUGCCUUUCCUCAGGCUCCAGCUGCCUGGCCCUGGGAUUAGAUAAGGCACUCGGCUUCCGUUUUCUAAUAAAAGCAAGUUGCUACCCUGAAGUCAUGGCAGAAAGCUGGGCACAAUGAUCUGCCUUUUGUCACAGCCUCUCCUGGGACACCCAGAUCUCCUGCAGCCUGGCAUCCUGUGAGCCAGUGGCAGGAGCACUGCCUGCUUCCUCUGGGAGCUGCUGCUCUCCUGCUGCUUGCUCUUGAGCAAAGCAAUUUAAGGUUAACCCCAUCAAGGCGAGACUAAGGUUCAGUCCCUCUCCUGCCUCUACAGCAAUGCAAGCAGAGAGUAAGCUUCAGGGCAGUGAGGAGCAAGGGUCCCUCCCGGGCAGAAGGAUGCUUGGCUGGGGCUGCCGAGCAGAUCCUGGGGACACCCGAGCAAGGGGAGAGGAAGAGCUGUGCUCUCCGCAAUGAGCUGCUGCUGUCCAGCUGUCUUCUGUGAAACACCUGGUGCUCAUUAGGACCAUUUUUCACAUUCCAAUAAAAAAGAGGAGAGGCCUCUCAGGGCUUUUA